CAAAGCGAUGCAGCAAAUUUACUGCCAAUAAUGAAAUUAGUUUAAGAGAAGUGCUCGCUAGAGAAGCACUGGAGCGGCGUGUCUUAAGGGGUCGUUUUUCCUUCUGUCCCGUGUUCCGUGCGUGCGUUCGUGCAAACCUUAGCAGCAGCGCAGCAAGGUAGCUAACAACAAAAAAGGCGAGAGAAAGAAGAUCGUACAGUUUUUGGCGUGCAGUGCGCGUGCUAGAAACACUUUUGGGCGCUUCAAAGCUGCCUGGAAAAACCAUAUCGCCGAACCAGAAACGGGAAAAGGAUCCCUUUUCGACCAAGAGACACCAAGUCGAUUCCAAGAAUAUUCCUGCGUGAAGAUUGCCCAAGAUUCGACGAGUGUUUCGAAAACGACGAAGACCUAAGUAAACAGUGCUCCAUUUUUCCUUCUCUAUUUGCGAUUGCACGAUCGCGUUUUCGUUUCGGGUGAUCGCGAAAGAAAUAGCGAAAGGCAGAAAGAAGAAAGAAAGAAAAAAUAUCGAUUUGGUUUUUCGCCGCAAGGAAACGAAUUUAACAGCCUUCUAUUGCUUUCGGGUGGAUGCAAGGAAUUUCGGGUUAGUGAGUGUAUACUUGUGCGUGUGUGCGUGUGUGUACGGCUGUAUGUGUGCUUAGGUGAACGUGUGCAUUGUGUAGUGCGUUGUGCAAACCAUCAGCGUGCGAGCAGGAAAAAUUUGUGCCGAAUAUUUUUUCAAAUACCCAAUCUAAGGCCGCAGCUGAAGUGCAUUUCGAUUUCGUUCGAAAGUGAUCGAACAGAAAGCGGCAGUGUGGUUGUAUCGUUGUACCGAACGCGGCCAACCAGCAUUGAAACUCUGUGAAACAGAAGCACCAGACGGAAAGUGUGGUAAACGAUAGCGCGAAAAAUAGGAAAAGGGCUUUUGUAUUGAGAAAACGGGAAGCUAAAAAUUGUCUCUGCACGUGUCGUCCCUUCUAUAUGGCACCGACAAAAGGAGUUUAGUGAAGUGUGUGCGAGCUUUAGUUUUGUAUUUUCUCUGCAACUAUUUGUUUCCUGUUUUUUCCCACUCAACAACUACACACAAAUCCACGAUGGAGUUCAAAUUUGGAAUGCUCUGGAUUGUCAGCAUUAUUUUGCUGCUCAAUGAAGAUAAUGUAUUCGCACAGACAAAACGCUCGUUCCGUACGAGUGCUGCCCAGGGACGGGCACUUGGCUCCAAUCCCCGACAGUCGACCUCGUCCAGCGUUGAUUUCGAGUGUCCGGAAGAGUUCGGUUACUAUCCACAUCCGAACGAUUGCUCACAGUACUACGUGUGCGUGUUUGGAGGCGCACUGCUGGAAAGCUGUACCGGUGGCUUGAUGUACAGCCAUGAGCUGCAGACCUGCGAUUGGCCACGCAACGUAGGAUGUGAUCUACCCGCACUCAGUUCACCGUCGGGCCCGGCUAGCCGUACGGUUACGCCACGUGUUCCACAGGUACUAAGCAGAGUACGGUUUUCAUCUUCUGCUGCAUCGGCCCCAUCUGGACCCUCGGGACCUUCGGGACCAUCUGGACCAUCGGGACCCUCAGGUCCGGCUGAACCAUCGGCACCGGCACGCAUUCAACAGAUUCACAAUCUGCCACCUCCACCACCACCACCGGCCAACCCGAACCCCGUGAUUACCACUCGCGGACAGCCGAAGAACUCACCCCAAGAUAACAUUGCCCAGCUUUACGCCGAAGCUCACGAAACACUUCCACCAGUAGAGGAAGAGGAAUCGGAUCGUCAGCAGCGUGUCUACCGCGGACAACCGAGCACGGUAUCGCAAGUGCAGCGCGAUCGUGACGGUAUCCUGCAGCAACAGAGUGUCAAUGCUAUUCCGACUCAGGCUAAAGUAGGUUCCUUCGCGUACAGUGCUCAACCUCAGCCGUUCAGAGUGGACAAGAACGACGACGAGUCACUGCAAACGUUAGACGAUACCACAGACCGGAAAGCACACGAUCGCAAGAAGCGAGACACUACCGUUCAAACAAAGACUGAUACGGAAACGGAUACUGCCCAUACCUUACCGGUGACGCAGAUAGAUCCAACGGCUGUAGCUGCUACCGAUGAAGAAUUGAACAAAAAACCUUCCAAACGUUCCAACGCCGAUGAAGCUUCAGUGCAAGAUGUUCUCGCACCGGAGAAUUCACCUGAUAGUUUGGCACCUUCCAGUGGUGGUGAAAGUCAGCGAACGGCACGCCAGCUUCGUCAGUUGGGAAAUUGGCAGUACCGAUCAUUGGACACAUCGCUUUCUCGCCAAAAUAAUUAUUCUCCCAGCAGUUUCGAUCCGUUCGGGUACACGGUGUUACCUACUGCUUCGACAUAUUUUAAACCGGGUGCACGAUAUUUUCAACCGCAAACUUACAGCAAAAAGGAGCUGACCCAAACCUAUAAUGACUAUUUGGAAGCUUACAGCAAGAGUAAACAGCCUACAUACAAUGUCCGCCCGGUAGAAUUACAACCACAUAAAACGUCCGGAUUGCAGAACUACAAAACUAUCGCCAAGAUUACACCCCAGGACACAAUCAUUCCCUUGCUGCUGGCCAAUCAACAGCAGCACCAGCAACGGCCACAUCAAUCCGGCUACGGACAAACACAGUUUACAGCGGCCGCAUUUGUCAAUAGCCACAACAACAAAAAGUACACGACACCCGCAUCACCGCUCGAUGGUGAUGAGGAAACGAUUCCGGACAAUUUUGCCUUCUUCCACUUCGGUAACGCUUACUCCUCUACACCAAUUUCCGUCAACAAUCAUGCGAAAUCGGUAAAGCAAUCGAAACCAUCCAAUGUGCAGAUCUCGAACGUAGCACAACCGACCCAAAAGACGCCCUACAUUGCUUUCAGCUCCGUCGGUGGAUUUUUUAACAACCAACCAACGGCAAAUCCGCUGAAGGAGAGUUUCGUCGUGAAACCAAAUCACUCGAAAUCGAAGCCGGUUCACGUUGGAUCGGUCGGCCCCAGUACACCUGCCCCAGUGUAUGAAGGCAUCUCAAAUUCGAUUCAAUCGAACGGACUAAGAUUUUCCGUCACCACACCAAAGAUUGUGCCGGGAACGGGUCUCGAGCUGUAUCAACCAAACGUCUAUCUUAACGCUCCCCGACCGCAGGUCUAUAGCGGAUAUGGUGGUAAACCUUCCGGGGCCAUUUACGAAGCAUCCACACCCAAACCGAGUGCGGCUCAAUUUGUCACAAAAUCGACGAAUGGCUUCCAGCCCAUCGCUGUGUCAACCACACCGAAAUACUAUCAGCCUCAGGUAUCGAAGACGGUAAGCCCGAGUGAGUAUAGCAAAUUCUACGAAUCCAUCAAGAGCUCUCACAUCGCACAGGUCAAACCAAAUGCGGAACCGUCCCCGAUUCGUAUUGGAUCUGGUCAGGUAGUUUAUCGGCCAGUAUCAAACAACACCAAACUUCAACCAGUGUCCCAAGGAUACGGUCCACAACAAGUGUUCUACAAUCCUGUGGGAUCAUCUCCACUGAGCCCAGCUGGUGCUCCGAAACCUCAAGAGUCGGGAGAGUUUUACUACGAAGAAGAUGACGAUAUAGACCAGCGAGGACAAAAGUAUGUGAAGAACACGUUGGAUAUAAAUCGACGUCCAGUUUAUGGCAAACGUCCUUAUGGUGACGAAGAAGAGGAUGAAGAUGAAUACUACGAAGACGAUGAAGAUGAUGAUGAUGAGUAUCAGUAUCGGUAUCCGGUCAACAAAUCGAAGUACACUCCAAUGACGGAAACAAUGGCUCCACGGCCAAUGCAAAAUCUUACCACUCCAAAGCCACCGGGCUCGGUGUCGGGUAAUCUUUACUACAACUACGAAACUACUACUUGGCGUCCUCCGACUGUGACAACUUAUGCUCCCAGCUCAACCUCGGACAUUCCACCGAUCAUCAAAUUCCCGGAGGAUGUUUUCCAGGGUAUUAGGCCGCUAGGAGACGUACCUCGGUACCUUAACAAAUCCACCCUGAGACCCUACACGAUACGACACCGGCUACGUCCAACGGUUGUGCAGAACAAUCACCUUGAAGAGAAUGUAUCGAACGAUCGAGGCCGUAUUACGACCACGACCAUUACCGCUAGACCUGCAGUGACGACGACCACACCACGCUACUAUCCUACCACGGUGCGUACCCGCAUCACGACCAAGACUCCGACCCGUAGACCCGUGACUGUUACGACAACGCCGGUCACUACCACUACCACCACUUCCGAACCACCGACAACCCAGACGACGUCGCGCAAACGCUACACGAUCCGACCGAAUCGUGGCCAGCAGCGCUGGCGCACAACCGAGACACCGGAACCAAGUACGACCAACGGCCGACAUGCCAGUCCGACCAGACCGACCAAAAUUCGACCGCAAUUGGAGCUCGAUGAACGCCUACCGAACAGAGUUGAAACAUCGUCACCAGCCCCACAGAACCGAUAUGUGCCGGAACAACAGCAGAAGACGCAGCUCACGCAGAGUAACAGAAAUUACUACAACACCAGCAACUACGAACCAUCUGCAUACGAUUCGUACUACGCCGUUUACGACGAGGAUGUCGAAUUGUACCGAGAUGUUGAAUAUCAACCACAGCCCCAGAAACCUGUCGUUUCGUCUACCUACCGUCCGACAGUGGUCACCACCGUGGCUCCCACUUCUCAGCGAGAUCCGUACGUCACUUCUCCACGAACUACCUACCAGAGACCGUCCUACCAGGCAGACUAUGACGAUGCUCUAGUGGCUCAGCUUGAAGAAGAUCGUUACAAUCAGAAGCAAACCAAUACACAGAUAAGAAAUGAGUUGAACUCAAUCUCGGACCGUCCGAUACUGGUAUCUUCCACGAUCCGUGCGUAUAACAGCCCUAAGUAUCAGACGGCCUUCGUUACGACGCCCGAGCCCUUCUCACUGCCGUCGUCAACCACAGCCAGAACCACUACAACCACCACCACUACCACCACCACAACACCUGCUCCAAUACAGUACUAUACUACAAGAUCAUCACAAUUGGACGAUCAAAGUAAUAAAACAACACCCAAAUCAAUCAUAUUAACACUCGCAGCACGCGCGGGUUCCUCAUCGACCCCCGAACCCCCCUCUCCCUUCCUUGUGUCCUUUGCGCCAUCCCCACAAUCUCCCUAUGAGCCACGGUACCGCAGUAGCACUAGCUCGGUUCCACGAUACAUCAAACAAUCAUCUACUACCACAACCACUACCACCACCACCGCCAUACCCAGUACAACCACUACACUACCUAGCACGACCACUACCACCCCCACAACAGUUGACCAAUACCCACGGUUUCGUCCGUCCGCUCAGUACGACCAGCAGGUCCCGUCCGGGAUCAAUUUCCACCCGAUCCCGGAUGAUCACUACUAUGACGAUGAUAGUGACGCCCGUGAGGAUAGUGCCGACCAGGUGGAUGACGAGUACUCGACACUGUCCAAAACUAGGUACGAUUUUGGGUCACCGUCUCGUGUCGCCUCGGAUUCCACGAACGAUCAUUCCAAGAAGCAGUUUAUUACCCAAAAGCUUCUGCCGGUAUUCUCACAUACGUACUCACAGUCCGAUCCUCGCUCGGCAUCAUCAGCUAACGCACAUGCUGUGACGUCCGAUGUUUACGAUGAGACACCUUUUUCAUAUGAUACACGGCCGGAGUUUUCUCCUUCCGGUGCCGCUGAACAGUUUGUUCCAUUGACAAGUAUUUUACCACCAACAACUACUACCACAACUACCACCAGAAAACCAACUACAACCCCUACCACUACUACCACUAGGAAACCAACAACAACUCCUACCACUACUACAACUACUACUACCACUAGAAAGCCUUUUACAACUCCUACCACUACGACAACUACCACUAAAAGGUCCACCACAACCUCCACCACUACUACUAGAAGGCCUACAACAACCCCUAUUACUACUACGACACGUUUGCCCUCUACCAUUCAAGAAUCUCAGCGCCAAAAGCUGCAAAAGUUUAUCAUCUCUGAAAUCCAACCGGCUAGCUUCCGAACCCCUUUCAGUACCACGGCUAAAGCUCAGCCGCUACCGGAUUACGAUAGCUAUCUGUACCAGGAAGCAAUUCCGAGCAGUGUACGAUCGCGCAAUCAGCACACUUUCCUGAAAGCCAUUGCCACAACGCUUUCUGCGACGCAAUCCUCCACGAUCGCAACAACCACUCCGGAAGCUCCUAUCAUACGAUCAUUCACACCCAGGCCUGCGUCUAUAGCAUCUCAAUCUCAGGUAGUACCUAAUCGUGGAGAACAGGUUGGUUCCAACAAAUCGGUUCGAUUGACUCUCACUUCUCAAGAUUGGGAAGACCAACGUCCUCUUUCGACGUUUAGUUCGAGUACCGGUAUCCCGAAGGUUGACACCCGUACCGAACAAAAGUUUAGCAGCAACAGGUUUUAUAACCUCACGCUAAGCUCCGGAUUUGUUGGUUUGCCAGGAACUUCUUCUAGUUCUGGCUACCGAGGGCGCAUCGAAAUUCCAAGAAACCAAGAACCAUUGCCUAACUACACUUCCUUUACACUCUCUGAUGCUGUUACAAGCAGUUCACGUGGGGUAUCUACUACCGUUUCAGAAGUAUUGCCCGAGACAACUACACCAUUCACUACGAUUACGAUACCUACUACUACUACUACUACUACUACAACCACUACAGUAAGCCCUAUUUCAUUGGCCGCAAGUAAUGGCCCUAGUAAUGUACGUUUUGUUUUAAGUUCUAGCUUAGGCACUACUGUCCGACCUCGUUACUCGAAGGUCCAGGAUGAAAAUAUUGCUCUUUAUAAGAGCCAUGAUGUAGAGACCACGACGACAGCGAUAAAUCGGCUUGCGGCACGACCAAACAUCGUACCAACCGUUUCAAGCGACUGGGUCCCUUUGAUAGAGGAAAAGAUCCUGUCCAGUCCCAAGACUAACACUUUGAUCGAACAAGAAGAUCACGAACGUGAUUCGGAUGAUCCUCUGUUCCAAACGCGAGUGCAAACAAACACUGAGGAUUCUAUCGACGUGGUUACAACCCCUUCGACGCAGCCGACUCGGUUCCCACCGAGAACUACUCUUGCGCCAUUUGGCACUCUAGAGGGUAGAAAGUUUAUCGACAAAGUACAAAGUCUCGCCACGCGCAGUCCUGUUAUUAAAGAAACGACCAGCAAAUCACAAAUAGACCCAGUAACGAUUCCGCCCUCGCGGUUGGUUGUUUCACCAUACAAAAGUUUGGAGGUGCAGCGUCAAACCACGUCCUCUGAUAAACCAUUUGCUUCUACUUCGAGAGUUAUCUCGAACCUGUACCGCACAACCACACCCGAAAUUCCGGCUGUCGGUGGUCCAACGGUAAAGAGCUACUUUCAACUGACAGCUGUACCGAAGUUGGCCGCUAUUUUGCGUGAAACAACCACACCAAGUACGACAACGGCUCGAUCAACUUCUACGACCAGUACAACUGUUGCUCCUUCUAGUACGACCGUGACCAGUACGAGCGAAGAGCCUACCACUACUCGUAGUACCAGUGUACCUGCGUCUACGACAGUCUCAACAACUUCUUCCGUUAGUAGUUCAGAAGAAGUGACCACAACUACCAGUUCUUUGCCCAGAUCGACCGAAGUAUAUCGAGGUCGAUAUCGUCCUGUGUUCAGUUUCAUACGUUCUUCGGAAUCGUACGAUGAGGCAACUACUCCACGGUACCGAUAUCUUCGUACCCGUGGACGAGGGUCUCCCCGACGUUCCUACACAAGGUUGCGUCCCACGUCUCAAAGUUACACACUAGCAUCAAGCACGAUAGACGACAAGCUUAGUGCACUGAAAAGCUCCCCUGCUAGUAGUAGUACCUUGAUUCCAACAAGAGAUUACAGUGGAACAGCCGAUAGCACAGUGUUAUCGAUUGCUACCGACUAUGACGAGCGUGUAGCUAGUUCAAGUUCAUCUUCCUCAGCUUAUCUGAACCGCAUUCCGACGACCGAUCGUACGAAGUACCAAUCGACUGAUCGCGAGAUUUCUAAAACAGCGCACUUAAAGAAUCGUUACGAACAGCUCGAUUUCAAUCGUACCGCAAAGGAAGAUAGACCACACCAACCAAUUACUACUACAGGGCAAUCGAUUCGCGUUGUCCAAAUCACGGACAAACCGGUAUAUUAUACGCGCUUCCAUUCGACAUCCACUGAAGAAAGUUCUUUUGCUGUCGCCAACAGCAGUCGUCAGCCGGAAUCGACAACGAAAAAAUUCCGUGCAACGGUCGAGAUGCCAGAAAUGAACAUUCCGACCGAGAAGGAGCUACUUUCCUACCAUCAGGACAGUAGCAAUACAUCGGAAGACGAGGAUCGCGACGACGAUGACGAUGAGGAAGACGUUGAAGAUGACGAUGUUGAGCCCGUAGACGAAGAUCUGGCCGAUUAUUCAUAUCUAGAAACAUCCAGUGUACCGUCCACCACGACGACAACCUCUAGUACGACACCACCGACGACGACGACUACUACUACUACCACUACAUCAACAACGACGACCACCACGACUUCCGCACCGCCCUCAACCACUAGUACAACGACUUUACGGAGCACCUUUAAGCCGAUGGCACGUGCCUCCAAACGGUACACGACGCCACAUUAUGCCGCGAUUGCGGCAGUCACUACCGAGCGUAGUUUCCAUUCGGCUGUGCCAUCGCGCUUCUACCCUAGUACAACGCAAGGAUUGAACCUUACGGCUGGUGCUGCCUAUCCGGAAACUUAUUCGGAACGCCCAUAUAACAGUGCACGUAGCACCGUUUCGCCUCCUUCCUCCUCCUUAUAUCCUUCGCCCAUUGAUGCCGUAAGUCUUCGGAUCAGUGAGGACAUCGGUAAAAGCUACAGUUUGAACAGUAGCUCUAUUUUAUUCCCCCAAUCUUCCACCUCAACUCCUUCCAAUCCCACCACUACCAAUACUACCACAACCAUCACCACCACCACCACCACAAUCCGCCCGCCAACGACGUACUCCGUAAACAAGCUCCCACCGCGCGCUUCCAGGGUCAAUAAUGCCAUAAAGACCACGAUCGCAGCCGCACAACUGCCACGCCGAUAUAGCAAACCAUCUGCAGCGGGAAAAAGUAUACAAUGUACAGAAAACUCACUGUCCGCCAAAUGCAACGAGAUUCCCUCGAGAGUUAGCAACAAUAACAGUAACAACAACCGCAACCGUGGCAGUUCGCAUUAUGCGACCGAUGGGCAAUCGACCGUUUCGGCUAACCGAGGAACGCACCCACCACGUGCACGACCAACAUUGAAGCCGUCGCAGAAUAUCGUUUCAAAGGCGCAGGAGUUUGUCGAUAUCUAUCGCCAUCCGCCGACUCGUCCGGAGCCACUAUAUCCUCAACCAACACCCGACAAGACAGCUGCCAAAUGCCGUAAGGAUGUGUGCCUGCUUCCCGAUUGUUAUUGCGGUGGAAAGGACGUACCCGGGGAACUUCCGGUAGAGACAGUGCCCCAGAUCGUACUGCUCACGUUCGACGAUUCCGUGAACGAUCUGAACAAGCAACUCUACCAGGAUCUGUUCGAGCGUGGACGCGUGAACCCGAACGGUUGUCCUAUCACCGCUACGUUCUAUGUAUCGCACGAAUGGACCGAUUACAGCCAGGUGCAGAACCUGUACGCCGACGGACACGAAAUGGCAUCGCACACAGUUUCCCAUAGCUUCGGUGAAUCGUUCUCGCCUAAGAAGUGGGCCCGAGAAGUUGCCGGCCAGCGUGAGAUCCUUUCCGCGUACGGUGGUGUUAAGCUGGAAGAUGUGCGUGGUAUGCGUGCACCAUUCCUGUCGAUCGGUGGCAACAAAAUGUUCAAGAUGCUGCACGACUUUAACUUCACCUACGAUUCAUCGAUGCCGGUGUACGAAAACCGUCCACCGAGCUGGCCGUACACGCUUGACUACAAGAUCUUCCACGAUUGUAUGAUUCCGCCCUGUCCAACCAAGAGCUAUCCAGGUGUUUGGGAAGUUCCUAUGGUGAUGUGGCAGGAUCUGAACGGUGGUCGCUGUUCGAUGGGUGACGCUUGCUCCAAUCCGCCAGAAGCCGAGGGUGUGUAUAAGAUGAUCAUGAAGAAUUUCGAUCGUCACUACACGACCAACCGGGCACCGUUCGGACUGUACUACCAUGCCGCCUGGUUCACGCAGCCGCACCACAAGGAAGGAUUCAUACAAUUCCUGGACGCGAUCAACUCGAUGAAGGACGUGUUCAUCAUCACAAACUGGCAGGCGCUGCAGUGGGUACGCGAUCCAACUCCACUUUCUCGCAUCAACUCCUUCACGCCCUUCCAGUGUAACUAUGGGGAUCGUCCGAAGCGUUGCAACAACCCGAAGGUAUGUAACCUGUGGCACAAAUCGGGCGUACGGUACAUGCGCACCUGCCAACCCUGCCCGGACAUCUAUCCAUGGACCGGCAAAACUGGCAUCCGUUCGUCGCGCAUCGACAACGACAUCGAGGUGGCCGACACCAACUAAGUCAAACACGUGAUGGGUGCAGUGCAGGCAGUGUGAAGCAGUUUACGGUUUGCCGAUGCAAAAAAAACACACAUGGCUUCGUUUGCUGGAAGGAUUUUUUUCUUUUGCAACCAAAUUAAAUCUGUCAGUUAAAAGAAAACUAAUCGCACCGCAAAAGUGAUCAGCCUUAUUAGCCGGCACGCAACCGAACUGUAAACACUGCACUGUACAAGCCAACACCGGAAAAGGCACCGAAAGUUCCCUGAACCAUCUGAUAAGGAUUUGCGGCUGUGUGCUUCCUUAAACUAAAUGCAACAUACGCCAUUAUCGUCGACAUGCUACAGCUUCUCCUUUCAAUAGAAGUCCGCUGCAAACGUUUUGCAGCAAUCGGACACUCGGAUGGAGCUUGAAUCUGUACUUUACAUUCAUCACCCUAUUACACCGCACGCCCUUUAAGUUUUUAGGUAGCAACUAUCGAAGGCAAUGUGUGGAAAGAUGCCUACCGGCUUAGAUACUAAUUCUAGUGUAUGAUACUAUUUUAUUCAACUAUAAAUUAUUAGAACUACGGACGAUCUAGAGUGAGCGACAAUACGAAAAUGCAAAAAAAAAGGUGAAAGGUGUUGACACUUUAAACAACACCAGCAAGUGUAAACUACUACUGGCAUGUGUUUUGAUUGUAAAUAUUUUUGGUCACCAACAGGUGGUACUGAAUGUGAACACGAAUUCGGGCAACAAAAUUUGUCGAUGAAAUUCCAAAUUUAAUUUAAUUUACGCCACCGUUUCACGCAACAUUCACAAGCAAUACUCAUACAAUAUUUUAGUUCUACACUAUGUUUGUUCUUUGCUCUUUGCAGCGUUCUAUUGAGAUAAUUUUCCCCAAUUUCUAUCACUUUGCGUCCACUAUUAAAGGCUAUUGCGAAUCUAUGAAUGUUGCACAGCAGUGAUGAUAAGUACACAUGUUAGAUGAAAGAAAACACAUAAGGUGACUGGAUGAGUGCACUGCCAUAAUGAGAGGAAAAUUUAAUAAACAAAAAAAAGCAAUUGGAAAUCACCAUAGUUGAAUGUAAUGACAGAAGUGAAAAAAGGAAAUGAUAAAAAACGAAGAAAAAUAAUGAACAACAAAACCUCGAAGAAACAGAUGAAAACAACAAACAAAAGCGCAACAGUGAAUGUUAAAGUAACUGAAAAAUGCUGAAACAAGCUAAGAUAGAACGAAACACAAAGCAAUAUAGACAAAAUUUUACAACUGUUGGAAAAGUAUAAUGCAAAACGAAACAGAAUAAGUCAAUUUGAAGUAUCGUCUACCGCCUAUUGUUACACUGGUGUCCAGUUCCAUCGUUUUGUUGCUGUAUUCCAAUUUACCGAUCUUUUUUGGGAAGUUUUCAUUCUUCCGGUUGCGGUAUGCUUUUGGUUAAAGGUUAAACUUCCAUGUUUUAGUUUUGUUUCUUUUUCGUACUUAAUACGGAACGUUUAUAAAUUUAAAAUCAAUGCAAACACGAAUAUUCCAGACGAUGGAACGCAUGCUUUUGUAACGUCUGGCAAAAGAGCGCGAAACGAAUGUACUUCUGUUUUUUAUAAAUUACUCAAUCAAUAUAUUACAAUACAAGACAGCAACUUGCUAUUCCAUCGACAAUUAGAGACAGUAUUGUGCUAGACGCGCACCGAAGUGCGACCCGAAGUUACAAUAUUUAUAGGUUUAUAGACAGUAAAUUAUGUGGCAGCACACGGGAAGGCACAAAAGGCAGAAGCUACUGGUAGGAAUAAAUGAAAAUGAAUGCUUUUUCUGUAAAUAGAUCAUCUAUUGCCCUUUAAAACAAACGGCAAGCGUAAAAAAGUGUGCUCUCUAUGCCUCACGAGGGCAAUAAGAAGUCGAAUGGCAAAUCGAAACAAAAAAAGUACAUAUUUGCUUACGAUUUGACUACGAAAUGUUCUUCAUUACUUGGUAGCAUCGUAGCCUUCCAGAAACGUUCAAGACGUGUACCAUUAAAAAGGUAGCUUCCUUUUCGCACACGACAUCAACACUGAUAAAAGGAAAAAAGAAUGUUUAUAUCUGUUUUUUUUUAUGCCACACGCGCAAAAGCUAGAUUUACGCGACCUCUUUUCGUAUAUUAUUGACAAAUGUCACCAUGCGAGGGUGCGUCCUCACUUAGGUCUUUACCGAAAAUGUAUUUUUUGUCUACUUUGUCCGUUUGUGUUACUGUUAGCUGUUAGGAAUUCAACGACGAACGAGACGAUGGAACAACAUCCGAUGCGUAAUCUGUAGUAAGUGUAUUGGAGUACGAACAAUGAAAUAAAAUAAAAUAAAAUUUUAAUCAAUAUAAA